UUUAGACCCCAGUGCUCGCUCGCUCUCUCCCUUUUUCCUCCGCGAUGCCUAAGCAAAUCAACGAAAUCAAGGAGUUCCUGCUGACUGCCCGUCGCAAGGAUGCUACCUCGGUCAAGAUCAAGAAGGCCAAGCAGUACACCAAGUUCAAGGUCCGCUGCAGCCGCUACCUCUACACCCUGAAGGUCGUCGAUGCCGAGAAGGCCAAGAAGCUCCGCCAAUCGCUCCCCCCGGCACUCACCGUCACCGACAUCUAAAGUUGUCCUUGUCGUCCUGUAGCUGCGCCAAUCGUCCCUUCCUGAUGCUGCAUUCGUUGUUGCUUGCGAAGGCAGCUCGCUGUGUUGCGCGACAUCUUCUUUUUGGAUUGUCACUCUGUGCUAUUUUUUGGGAAGAAUCGUCGACACUUGGUUUUUUAUGCAUUCCA